AUGCAGAGUCAUGUGCCUCCUAAUUUCAACAGGCCAGGUGGGGAUGGCGAUGCUUGGUCUUCCCCAGGCUUUGGAGUGGAUGUUCGAGAUGUGAUCCUCAACAAUCCCAUCUCUCUGUACUGUGAGACCAACGCUGUCCCCCCUCCUACACUUACCUGGUAUAAGGAUGGACAGCUGAUGAGCUCCAAUGACAAAGUUCUGAUCUUGCCAGGUGGGCGAGUGUUGCAAAUACCUAGAUCCCAGGCUGACGACUCGGGCAGGUACACGUGUGUGGCUGUCAAUGAAGCAGGAGAAGACUCCAUUCAGUAUGAUGUUAGAGUUUUAUUGCCUCCUGUCAUACGGGGAACAGAUAGUGAUUUUCCUGUUGAGAUCACAGUCCUGGUCAACAAAACUACCCAACUCGAGUGUAUCGUGGAUGGAAACCCGACCCCCAAGAUCACCUGGUUUAAGGACAGCCAGCCAGUCAGCUCUGAUGGACCACACAGGAUCCUGUCCAAUGGACGAACACUUAAGGUGCUGACAGCUCAGGUGUCGGACACGGGGCGCUAUGUGUGUGUGGCUGACAAUGUGGCUGGAAAUGCAGAAAAAUCCUUCAACCUCAAUGUUUAUGUGCCUCCAACCAUUAUUGGCGUGAAUCCUGAGACUGUGACUGUGGUGGUGAACAACUUUGUGUCUCUGUCCUGUGAGGCUACUGGUUUUCCUCCUCCUACUCUGAGCUGGCUAAAUGAAAGAGGAUCCAUUCAGCCCAACAGCAAUGCACUCAUCAUGCCAGGUGGUCGUACGCUGCAGAUUCUGAAAGCAAAAGUGUCUGAUGGAGGAAAGUACAGCUGUGUGGCCAUGAACGCAGCAGGAGAGGCUUACAAACACAUCCACCUUACUAUAUUUGUUCCCCCAAGUAUCCGCGACAGUAGUGGAGACUCUCCUGUGGUGGUGAAUGUGCUUGUUGGGAAAUCAGUAACUCUGGAGUGUGAGUCCAACGCUGUGCCUCCUCCCACCAUCACCUGGUAUAAGAACGGCAGGGUGGUGACAGAAUCAGCCAACCUGCGUAUCCUGGCAGAGGGACAGAUGCUUGAGAUCAAAGGCUCAGAGGUGUCUGAUACUGGACAGUAUGUUUGCAAGGCUACCAACGUUGCUGGACAAGUGGACAAAAACUUCCACUUAAAUAUCUAUGUUCCUCCCAGUAUCGAUGGUCCUGCAGCGGAGAGAGUUGUUGAAACCAUCAGUAACCCGGUCACCUUUGCAUGUGAUGCUACUGGAAUCCCUCCUCCCAGCCUUGCUUGGUUGAAGAAUGGACGACCAAUAGGGAACUCAGAGUCUCUGGAGAUGCACAUCUUCUCAGGAGGAAGCAAGCUGCAGAUUGCACGCUCACAGCUUUCUGACAGUGGCACAUUCACGUGUGUGGCCUCCAACGUGGAGGGCAAAGCACGCAAGAGCUACCACCUCUCUGUUCAAGUCCCUCCUAGUAUCUCUGGAUCAGAGCUGCCCAGUGAAACGGGAGUCUUGCUAAAUGAAAGCAUCCAGCUGGUCUGUCGAGCCAAGGGAACCCCAGCUCCAACCAUCCAGUGGUUAAAGGAUGGUGAAGUAAUCAACAGCACAAGGAACACCGGGCUCAGGAUCAGCCCGGAUCGAAGCACUCUCACUGUAACUGGAGCUCAUACCACUGACAGCGGAAAGUACACCUGUGUGGCGUCCAAUGCUGCAGGAGAGGAGGACAGGAUAUUUAAUCUGAAUGUUUACGUUCCUCCCGUGAUAGACGGCAACAGUGAGACAGUGGAGCAGUUGAGCACAGUUCUGGACAGUUCUGUCAACAUUGAGUGUGUUGCUACAGGCUCUCCGCCCCCUCAGCUCAACUGGCUUAGAAAUGGCCUCCCUCUGCCAGUGUCCUCCCACAUACGGCUUCUCUCUGCAGGACAGGUGCUCCGGAUUACACGCACCCAGGUGUCUGACAGUGGCACCUACACCUGCGUCGCUUCAAACAGAGCAGGUGUGGACAACAGGCAUUACAGCCUGCAGGUACAUGUCCCCCCUGGUUUGGAUGGUGCAGGGACCACAGACGAUGUGACUGUGGUCAGGGAAAACUUGGCGUCUCUGCUGUGUAUAGCUGAUGGGACACCGACUCCCACUGUGUCCUGGCUCAAAGAAGGAGUUGUUUUAAUUCCUGACCCUCACCUCAAAUUCCUGAACCUGAAUACCACAUUGCAAAUCAUCCAAGCCCAGGUCAAUGAUACAGGGCGCUACACCUGCGUAGCCAACAAUACUGCCGGCCAAGCCAGCCGUCAUUUCAACCUGAAAGUGCUAGAUCCUCCACGCAUCAAGGGCUCUGGUGUACCAGCAGAAGUAUCUGUUGUGGUCAAUAAUGUCCUGGAGCUUCAGUGUGAGGCCUCAGGUAUCCCUGCACCCUCUUUGACCUGGCUGAAGGAUGGACGACCGCUCCCACAGACCAACAGUCUGCGUCUCCUCCGGGGAGGGGAGGUGCUCCUUGUAUCCUCAGCACAGUUGGAGGACACGGGCAGAUACAGCUGUUUAGCUAAUAGUCCAGCAGGAGAUGAUGACAAGGACUUCCUGGUUCGAGUGCAUGUUCCCCCUAACAUUGCCGGGGAGAGCUCGCCUCAGGACGUGUCAGUGCUGCAGAACAGACAGGCGACUCUGGAGUGCAAGUCAGAUGCUGUCCCACCUCCAACUUUGACCUGGCUCAAAGAUGGUCAACCAUUAAAGGCCUCUGCCCGUGUGCGAAUCCUGUCAGGUGGACGCUAUUUACAGAUCAACAUGGCUGAGCUCGGCGACAGAGCGCAGUACACCUGUGUGGCCAGCAACAUCGCUGGCAAGACAACACGGCAGUUUAACCUGGCUGUCAAUGUGGCCCCGACUAUCAAGGAAGGCUCCCAGUCAGUGUCAGUGCACAUCAACAAGCUUGCAGUGCUGGAGUGCAUUGUGAGUGGUGUGCCACCGCCGCGUGUAUCCUGGAGGAAACAUGGAACAGUAUUGGCAGGAAAUAACCCCAGGUACACAUUUGUAGAGGAUGGGUCAUUACACAUCCACUCUGCCCAGGUGACCGACACUGGUCGCUACCUGUGUAUGGCAACAAAUGAGGCCGGAACACAACGCAAGAGAGUGGAUCUGCAGGUUUAUGUCCCUCCUUCCAUCGCCGAUGGCCGCACAAAUGUGACAGUUACAGUCAACGUUCAAACCACUCUGUCCUGCGAGGCCACCGGCAUCCCCAAACCUACCGUCAGCUGGAUGAAAAACGGUCGAUCCAUCAAUACUGAUCAGAACCAGAAUAUGUACAGAUUAUUAUCAUCCGGCUCCCUGGUAGUUAUAGCACCAACAGUGGAGGACACAGCAGUGUAUGAAUGUGUGGUCUCUAAUGAGGCAGGAGAGGACUCCAGAUCCAUAAACCUCACUGUGCAUGUCCCUCCAUCUAUAGCUGAUGAACCCACAGAGCUAGUUGUAGCCAGACUGUCCCCAGUGGUUAUCUCCUGUACUGCAUCCGGUGUCCCUGAGCCUACAAUCCACUGGAGCAAAGACGGCAUGAAGCUUUCCAAAGAGGGGCAAGGCUACAACAUCCUCCCUACAGGUCCAAUAGAAAUCCCCUCAGCAGAGCUCAGUCAUGCAGGACGCUACUCGUGCACCGCCAAGAACGCUGCAGGCUCCACCCACCGCAACAUGCAGCUCACAGUGCAGGAGCUCCCAGUGAUCCAGUCUCAUCCGCCCACCCUGGAUGUGAUCCUGAAUAACCCCAUAACUCUGCCCUGCAGGGCCACGGGCUCACCCAGACCCACCAUCACCUGGCAGAAGGAGGGCAUCAAUAUACACACCACAGGUGGAAGUUUCACAGUGCUGCCCACUGGAAGUCUGCAGAUCUCUAAAGCCUCUGUGUCAGACUCGGGAACAUACAUAUGUGUGGCUCAAAACCCUGCAGGCACUGCACUGGGCAAGACAAAACUCAGAGUACAAGUUCCUCCGGUGAUCAGCUCAGAAACUCAAAAGUAUGUAACACCUGUGGACUCCUCUGUGACGCUUCAGUGUCAAGCAGACGGCUCCCCUCGCCCUUCUGUCUCAUGGCAUAAAGACGGGCAGCCGCUGCGGGAAUCUGUGCAGCAGCGGGUGCUCAGUUCAGGAUCCCUGCAGAUCGCGUUCAUCCAGCCGAGUGAUACUGGACGAUACACUUGCACUGCUGCAAAUGUAGCAGGAACUGUCAGCCUAGAGAUGAGCCUCACGGUACAGGUCCCACCUUCCAUCAUUGGUGGAGAAAAGGAGGUAGCAGUGGUGGAGAACAGUCAGGCUCAGCUGGUGUGUUUGGCAGAGGGGGUCCCUCAGCCUAGCCUGUCCUGGGAGAAGGACGGUACUUCUGUACUGGAAAGCUCAGGGGAGUACACCAUCCUGCCAUCUGGAGAGCUGGUGAUAGACAGUGCUCAUCCUGAAGAUGCAGGUAUUUACACCUGUGUUGCCACUAAUGAGGUCGGACAGGACAGUCAGACGGUGACCCUGUCUGUUCACACUCACCCUGUCUUCACUGAGCUGCUCGGAGACGUGGCCCUCAACAAGGGAGAGCGCCUCCUGCUGGCCUGUGGAGUCAGCGGCAUGCCACCGCCAAGAAUCACAUGGGCCUUUAACAACAACAUAAUCCCAGUUCACUAUGAUCACAUGAACGGCCACAGUGAGCUGGUUAUUGAGAGAGUGAGCAAAGAAGAUUCAGGCACUUACACCUGCGUGGCAGAAAACAGUGUAGGAACCAUCAAGUCGCUGGGCUUCGUCUAUGUCAAAGAGCCUCCUAUCAUUGAUGGGGACCCUCACUCCAACCGUAUUGAGCCUCUGGGUGGUAACGCCAUCCUGAACUGUGAGGUCCGGGGAGACCCCCUGCCCAUCAUCAGAUGGAGCAAAAGCGGAAUCAACAUCCAGAUCAACAACCGCAUCCGUCAGCUGGACAACGGCUCCCUCGCCAUCUAUGGCACUGUGAGUGAAGAUGCAGGCAGCUACAUGUGUGUGGCAACAAAUGAUGCUGGGGUGGUGGAAAGGAGUGUCACACUUAUCUUGCAGCGUGCACCCACCAUCAUAGUGGAGCCAGUGGAGACAGUAGUAGAUGCUGGCACCACAGUCCUGCUUAACUGUCAGGCGGAGGGUGAGCCUACACCGAUGAUGGAAUGGUCCCGUCAGGGGCGCCCACUUUUGGGCAACGACCGCUUUUCCCCCCUGUCCAACGGUUCUCUCAGGAUCAGCAGUGCCCAGAAGGAGGACACAGCUGAAUAUGAAUGUGUGGCAAGAAACUUGCUGGGAUCAGUGCUGGUCAGGGUCACUCUCACUGUACGAGUUCAUGGGGGCUAUUCGGAGUGGGCAGAGUGGGGUCUUUGCAGUGUGUCCUGUGGUGUCGGGUCCCAGAAGAGGCUGAGACAGUGUAACAAUCCUCGACCUGCCAAUGGAGGGCGUCACUGUGCAGGAUCUCACUCAGAGACAUGGAGUUGUCAGGGAAAGCCCUGUCCAGUGGAUGGUAACUGGUCAGAGUGGUCUCUGUGGGAGGAGUGUUCUCGUAGCUGUGGUCAGGGCAACAGAACCAGGGUUCGGACCUGCAGUAACCCUCCAGCCCAGCAUGGAGGCCGAUCCUGCGAGGGGAAAGCAGUGGAGGUUAUUAUGUGCAGUGUCCGUCCUUGUCCAGUGGCAGGUAACUGGGGGUCUUGGCUGCCGUGGAGCCCAUGCAGUGAGACCUGUGGUAAAGGCAUGAAGUCCAGAAUCCGGCUGUGUAACAACCCUCCUCCAGCAUUUGAUGGGCCGCGGUGUGAGGGCUCAGACACCCAAACACAAAUGUGUAAAGAAAGACAGUGUCCUGUGGAUGGGAAGUGGUCAUCCUGGGUGAGCUGGGGAGCCUGCAGCGUUUCAUGUGGAGGCGGGACCAGACAGAGGACACGCCUUUGUGCUAGCCCCGCCCCUCAGCAUGGAGGCAGACAGUGUGAAGGCAAUGAUGUACACAUUGACUUCUGUAACAGUGACCCAUGCCCCGUCAGUGGUAACUGGGGUCCUUGGAGUAGCUGGGGUAGCUGCAGUAAGACAUGCAAUGGUGGUCAGAUGAGACGCUACAGGACUUGUGACAACCCGAGACCGGCCAAUGGUGGUAGAGCUUGUGCAGGUGCAGAUUCACAGAUACAGAGAUGCAGCACAGACAUCUGUCCUGUUGAUGGUAACUGGGGUUCAUGGCAGCCGUGGGGAGAUUGCUCUGCUUCCUGCGGAGUAGGAGAAAGGUCUCGAGUCCGUUUCUGUAAUAGUCCAUCUCCUAGCAACGGGGGUCGGCCGUGUCCUGGAGACUCCUCUCAGCUCUCCAGGUGUAACACUCAGGCCUGCCCAGGUGGACCCCAGAGGGCACGAGGAAGCAUCAUUGGAAAUAUCAAUGAUAUUGAGUUUGGCAUCGCCAUCCUCAAUGCCACCAUCACAGACGGCGAGGCAGGCAACAGAAUCAUCAAAGCCACUAUUAAUAAUAUACCCAGGACAUUAGGUCCUGCGAUGAGAAAGCUCAUCUCAAUCCUGAACCCUGUCUACUGGACCACUGCACAGGAAGUAGGAGAGGCGGUCAAUGGCUUCACUCUGACAGGAGGCAUCUUCAGGAGAGAGACACAGGUGGAGUUUGCCACAGGUGAGAUCCUGAGGAUGACCCACAUUGCCAGAGGCCUGGACUCAGAUGGAGUGUUGCUACUGGACAUCGUAGUGAACGGACACAUCCUGCAGCUGCCCUCACAUGCUGACAUAAACAUCAAGGACUACACAGAGGACUACAUCCAGACAGGCCCAGGCCAGCUGUAUGCUCAGUCCACUCGCAUGUUCAGUGUCAACAGAGAGAGUGUGCCCUACUCCUGGAACCACACCAUCACCUACGACCUGUCCAAGGGCAAGAUGCCAUACCUGGUAGAGAUGCUGCAUGCCACAGCCAUCAGCGCUCACUACCACCCCCUGGAGGAGAUGUUGAAGUAUAGCAUACAAGCUAGCAUUGCCAAGGGAGAUCGCAGUAAUCAGUGUCCUCAGGGAUUCACUCUGGUGUCUGCUGGGCCAUACUGUGCAGAUGAGAACGAGUGUGAGGUUGGUAACCCCUGCUCUCAUGCCUGCCACAAUGCCAUGGGCACCUACUACUGCUCCUGUCCCCGAGGCCUCACCAUCUCAGCUGACGGCAGGACCUGUCAGGACAUUGACGAGUGUUCGUUAGGUGGGAACGUGUGCAAUGAUAGACAGGAAUGUGAGAACACGAUUGGCUCUUACCGAUGUGUAAUGCGCUGUGGGCGGGGCUUCAGGAGAACAGCUGAUGGUCUCAGCUGCACAGAUGUCAAUGAGUGCCAGGAGUCCAAUCCGUGCAAUCAACAUUGUCUGAACACGAUUGGAAGCUACAGAUGUGCCUGUGAACCGGGCUUUCAACUCAGGAACCGGCGCUGUAUAGAUAUCAAUGAGUGCAGACAGAGAGUCUGUCGAUCAGAUCAGCAGUGCAAAAACACACGGGGUGGUUACACCUGUAUCGACCUGUGCCCCAAUGGUAUGACCAAAGGUGCUAACGGGACAUGUGUAGACAUCGAUGAAUGCAGAGAUGGCACUCAUCAGUGCCGAUACAAUCAAAUCUGUGAGAACACCAGAGGCAGCUACCACUGCACAUGUCCGCGGGGCUACAGAUCUCAGGGAGUGGGACGACCCUGUCUCGAUAUAAAUGAGUGUGAGCGGCUUCCCCAGCCCUGUGCCCACCAGUGCAUCAACAUGCCCGGCAGCUACAAGUGCAGCUGCCCGCCAGGGCGCCACCUGCUGGGCGAUGGCAAGUCAUGUGCUGGUCUGGAGCGUCUGCCCAGCUAUGAGAGUUAUUCAUAUGGCUACAGGACGUCACAGUCCUCUCCUGACAGCAGCUCCUACCAGCGACUGUACCACAACCUGGCCUCUCAAAGUUACCACUCCUACGCAGCCAACACACGGGGGCGCAACAGGGGCCAGAGCCGCAGAGAGGCCGGCGCACAUUCCUCACCACAGGGUUUCCUGGCUUGUCAGCAAGGGUUUGAGUCCAGGGGGGGCUCCUGCAUAGACAUCAACGAGUGUGAGGUGAGGGACGCCUGUCAGCACGAGUGUAUGAACACACCGGGGAGCCACAGGUGUCUCUGUCCUGCUGGGUACCGCCUCAUGACCAACGGCAAGACGUGUCAGGAUAUAGACGAGUGUUUGGAACAGAACAUCCAGUGUGGAGCUAACCGGAUGUGCUUCAACAUGAGAGGAAGUUACCAGUGUAUAGACACACCCUGUCCACCAAACUACCAGAGGGACGCAGCCACAGGGUUUUGCCUGAAGAACUGCCCACCAAACGACCUUGAGUGUGCGCUGAGCCCGUACGCGCUGGAGUACAAGCUGUUGUCUCUACCCUUUGGCAUUGCAGCCAACCAGGACCUGAUCCGACUGGUAGCCUACACGCAGGACGGAGUCAUGCACCCGAGAACCACCUUCUUGGCUGUAGGCGAGGACGUCACGUUACCUUUUGCCCUGCGAGACGAGAACCUGAAGGGAGUGCUGUUCACCACGCAGGCGCUCAGAGAGCCUCAGACGUACCGCAUGAAGGUGCGAGCACUCUCCUACAGCGAAGACGGAGGCAUAGAGUACCAGACGACCUUCAUCGUCUACAUCGCAGUCUCUGCCUACCCCUACUGAGAGCACUUUAAGAGACGCAGAACAGAAGGUGCGCUGAUGAGUUCGGACCUUUACAUACUAGGAUAAAAGAGAGAGUGUGGUUUUGGGGAGUUGCCACACCAGUAAAGAAACUGAAAAAAAAAAAGAGACUUUGUGUUCAAGUGAGAGAAGACAGAGAGUGAAAACAGCCCCGAAGACAUAAGGAAAAAGAUUCAAACCAUCCAACUCACUGAAGGUUACCUGGAUGUUGGAUAAAACUGGCUAUUUAUUGGCUUCAAUCCUGGAAUCCUUACCUCAGGUUGUUAUAGGAUGAUUGACAUUUUUUUUUAUUUUUCACAUCCCAAAGAUGUAUUUAUAAGAUCAAGUUUCCUCCUCAGAGCUGAGCGUCCACCUCUGACUAAGAUAGGCUUCAACCCUAAUCAUGAAAUCUUAGCUAGCCUUUUUAUUAACAUCUACCUAUUAUUAACUUAUUGGGAAGUGCUCGAACGAGAACGAGCAGUUUCCCACCUUUGUUUAGCCUUCGAGUCGAGACAUGGUGCUUAUUCUGACGAUAGAAAACUUGACUGUCACAUUUUAAACAUCCUCAGGUAGUAGCCUUUAAUACACAGUGUAUCCUAUCUUUACACUGAUUACAUCAUCAAUGUGCCAUACUGCUCCAUCCAAUAGUUCAUACCAAGAUGUACUUUAUUUUUAUGACUUGUAAAUAUGUUUGUUUUUCUUAUUGUCAUACUGUAACUAUUGUAACCAUUUUGUAAUAAAAGUGUAAUAAAUGAA